AGAACGUCUAUCCCAAUUUUGAAAAUGAAAAUGUUCCAUUUUCCUUUUCGAAAAAUAUCCUCACCCCCUCCAACCUGGAAGAAGCUCCGCAAACAUUAAGGUUAAUUGAAUUAAGUGUAAUCAAUAAGAACAUCCCAAGUCUAACGUUUGAAUGAAAUGAAAACUUGAUGCCACUCAUGUGAUAAUACGGACGGAACAAUGGUAAAUGAUUUGAAAACUCAUGGUAGCAAAGUUCAACAAGUGUACAUGUAAUUACGCGAAAAAUGGAAAUACGUAACAAAUGAUCUAAGAAAUGUGAAAAAUUAAAUUAUAACAAUCAUGUCACUGCUCUCCAGCUGCUUCAAUUGUGGUGAGGUGAGGGAUGUUGCUGACAGUUUCAUUCAAAAGUGUUCGGAUGCUGGAUGUUGCUGCGGUUGCUGCAGUGCUUUCCGGCCAAGGUAUAAACGUUUGGUGGACAACAUCUUUCCAGUGUAUCCCCAAGAUGGAUUGGUUAAAUCGAAUAUGGAAAAACUUACAUUUUAUUCCCUCAGUUCUCCAGAGAAACUGGACAGAAUUGGGGAAUAUAUGUAUCAAAAGGCGGCUAGAGAUAUUUAUAGAAAAAAAUAUGGUUUUGUCGUCAUCGCCAUGGAAGCUAUGGAUCAACUGCUUAUGGCCUGCCACGCACCGACACUCAAUUUGUUCGUUGAGAGCUUUCUGAAAAUGAUACAAAAAUUACUCGAAUCUACAGAACCGGAAUUACAGAUUUUGGCGACGCAGUCGUUUGUGAAAUUCGCGAAUAUCGAAGAAGACACCCCUUCUUAUCAUAGACGUUAUGAUUUUUUCGUCAGUAAGUUUUCAGCGAUGUGUCACAGCGGCGAAGAGGGGGAAAAGAAGAAUAAAAUACGGGUAGCUGGUAUCAAGGGUUUGCAAGCGGUAGUUAGGAAAACGGUAUCAGACGAACUGGUAGAAAAUAUUUGGGAACCCAUACACAUGGAUAAAAUAGUACCUAGUUUAUUAUUCAAUAUGCAGGUAAUCUUCAGUAUAAGGAAGAAAUAUUCGGAAGUUAAUUUUUAUCGAUAUUUUCAGGAAUCCGGUUUUCAUUCGAAUGAAACGCCUAAUGAAAAUCCUACAGAGGAUGAGGAUGAUCCGCCAAUGUUGGCUGAAACUUGUAUGAGGGAGCUUGUGGGUAGGGCAUCUUUUGGUCAUAUAAGGACAGUAUUGAAACCGGUUUUGAGGCAUUUCGAUUUGCAUGAGCUCUGGGUGCCCAACCAAUUCGCCAUUCACACAUUCAGGAUUAUAAUGUUUUCAAUACAAGCUCAAUAUUCCUACACUGUUGUUGAAUCUCUGAUGGCACAUUUGGACGAAAACUGCAAAUCUAGCGCCUCAAUAAGAACAAGCAUAGCUGCAGUAUUAUCUAAAAUCAUAGCUAUUGCGGCUGGUGAAAGUGUUGGUCCAACCGUACUAGAAAUAAUCAACUCGCUAUUGAGCCAUUUAAGAGAUUCAGUCAGGAACUGUGUAUCACAGUCUGAGGAGAAACAGUAUCAAGAAGCCCUCAUUAAUGCUCUGGGAGAAUUCGCUAACCAUCUUCCAGAUUAUCAAAAAAUCGAGAUUAUGAUGUUCAUUAUGAGUAAAAUACCAUUUCCGCUUGUUGAUAACCAAACACCUGCUGACAACUUGUUACAAAGCAUCCUACUGAAAAGUUUACUCAAGGUUGGAACCAAAUAUCAAACAAUUCAUCUGAAUACAACAUUCCCUGUAUCAUUCCUAGAACCUUUACUUAGAAUGUCACUAGCUCCUGACUCAGAUAUGAGAUUAUUAGUGCAGAAAAUACUUCACACUUUGAUUGAUAGGCAUCACAACUUGGAUAAACUCUCAAAACCAACCGUAGAAAUAGCAGACCUUGAAUUAGUGAUUGAAAAAUCUUCAAGACCAGAUUUAAUUUUCAUCAACAAACAUGGACCAAUAAUAUAUGAUGCACUCUACACUAGUUUGCAGAUGGAUACAAAUACUCCUGAGAAUAUAGAAGCGAUAUAUACCACGCUAGCAUUAUUGUGUGUAGAACUUUCCAGUGGUGAGACUGUUAUUGACUUGUUGCAACUUGUUUUGGGAAUUCAAAACUUAGCCCUCACAAACAACUCUCUAACUACUGCUCAGAAGUUCAACUUGCAUGCACUUGUUGUAUGUCUUUUGGUGCUGAUUUCAAAUGUUGCAAACCUUAAAUCCUUAGAGGAAUAUGCUAGUCAAAUCAUAGAAGCUAGAAGGCAGGAAGCGCCACAUUUGUUACCUGAAUUUAUGGUGCAUUAUCCUAGUAAUAGCGAAGGUGCUGGAAAGGUGCCGCACUUACUCAUAGAUCAGAUGGCAGUUUGCGAGUAUGUUAAGAGUCAUGGAAUAGAUGCCUCUCGACUUCUUCAAACUUCACCAUAUGGAGCUGGUGGACCUGGAAUUGUAGCCGCUGGCGCUCAUAGAAAUAGUUGGAUUGAUACAGCUAGAGGUAGCAUCACAGAACUGGCAGGAGUCAACGAAGUAGAUAGUGCUGCCAGUUCACCUGGAGUACAAAGGAAAGUGCCUGAAGAACAGUUGACUUUUGAGAGUAUGAAGAAGGUUCUGACUGAGCCACCAGAGGUUCGCAAGGAAGCUGAAGCAGAAAGAAGAAAAAAUCUGAGUCAUACAUUCAGAACAGCAACUUUCUCUGAGUUGAUACGAAGGACUCAACCAAAGCAUGAUUUACUUCAGAAUAAACUAAAUGAAAUAUUCAAAUCGUUGAGUACUAAUGAAACAAGAAGUCCUUCAGAGGAGGAAAAGAAACCUACGGUUCCUACCUAUGAACAGAAUUUUCCAGAGUUAUUCUACUAUUGAAUUUGAUGUGAUUUUACUCUGAAUUUGGUAUUGGUAGCGUCCUUAUUACCAAUUGACAAUAAUUUAAUUUUUUAGAUUCUUCAUUUAGAGUUGUGAUGAUGAGAUUCCAUAAAUUACAUUGUUACAAGAGUAUAUUUGUUACUAUUUUUAGUUAUAGUAUUUUUAUGAUUUCCAUUUACAUUAGAUUGCAAACAGAAGUCUUCUGUAAUACUCUUCCAUGUUUGAAAAGUUUUAAUUGAAAGAUCAUAAUUGAGAUGCAGCACAAUUUUUCGGAUAUUGUUGACGAUAUAUUAUGUAUCUUGAAAUUUUUCGCGCUUUCGUAUGGUUUGGUUGUUUUGUGACAUAAAUUCUGUUUGGAGCAAUACAAUUUUUGCAAAUUAUGAUUAAUCAAAUAUUUUCAAGGAUGCUUGACUUUUACCAAAUUAUUUAUCUACUACUGAUACUAUUUGAAAAUAUAUUAUGAGCAAUUUCCAAUUUCGAAUAUCUAUUGGAAGUUUGUUUUUUAUAACCUGUUGGGUUGUAUUUUUCUAGGCUGUAUGUUUUAAAGUGAAAUAUUUUAAUAUUCUGUUGUGUUUGUACAAAUUUACAAAAUACUUCUAUUUCAAGUUGAGAAAUAUAUUAUGAAAACUU